UCUGCGCCCCUCCCUCUCCCGCCGGUCUCCGCGCCUGCAGUUCAAGAUGGCGGGAUCUAGGCGAAGUGGUCCACAGGCCAGAGUUCGGCAACUUUCCUGCAGCCUGCUUCUGCUUUUCAGUCACUUCGUCAGGAGCGAUGGCACGGGAGGUGACCCUGCGGCCGCUGGCUCCCCAGGCACCCCGGCCACGGUGGUACAUCGCCGUUUCGAGUACAAAUACAGCUUCAAGGGGCCGCACCUGGUGCAGAGCGAUGGGAACGUGCCCUUCUGGGCCCACGCGGGGAAUGCUAUUCCAAGUUCAGAUCAAAUUCGAAUAGCACCAUCUUUGAAAAGUCAAAGAGGAUCAGUGUGGACAAAGGCAAAAGCAGCAUUUGAAAACUGGGAAGUAGAGGUGACAUUUCGAGUGACUGGAAGAGGUCGAAUUGGAGCUGAUGGCUUGGCAGUUUGGUAUACAGAAAAUCAAGGCUUGGAGGGACCUGUGUUUGGAUCAGCUGAUAUGUGGAAUGGUGUUGGAAUAUUUUUUGAUUCUUUUGACAAUGAUGGAAAGAAAAAUAAUCCUGCUAUAGUAAUUGUAGGCAACAAUGGACAAAUCCUUUAUGAUCAUCAAAAUGAUGGUGCCAGUCAAGCUUUAGCAAGUUGCCAGAGAGAUUUUCGUAAUAAACCCUAUCCUGUCCGGGCAAAGAUUACAUAUUAUCAGAAAACACUGACAGUAAUGAUCAAUAACGGCUUUACACCAGAUAAAAAUGAUUAUGAAUUUUGUGCCAAAGUAGAAAAUAUGAUUAUCCCCACACAAGGCCACUUUGGAAUAUCCGCUGCAACGGGAGGUCUUGCAGAUGACCAUGAUGUUCUUUCUUUUCUAACUUUCCAACUGACUGAGCCUGGAAAAGAGCCACCUACACCAGAUAAAGAAAUUUCAGAAAAAGAAAAAGAAAAGUAUCAGGAGGAAUUUGAGCACUAUCAACAAGAAUUGGACAAAAAAAAGGAGGAAUUCCAGAAGGACCAUCCUGACCUCCAAGGGCAGCCUGCUGAUGAAAUAUUUGAGAGUUUAGGAGAUCGUGAGCUAAGACAAAUUUUUGAAGGACAGAAUCGUAUUCAUCUUGAAAUCAAGCAGCUGAACAGACAGUUAGAUAUGAUUCUUGAUGAACAGAGAAGAUAUGUCUCUUCCUUGACUGAAGAGAUCUCUAAAAGAGGAACAGGGAUCCCAGGGCAGCAUGGGCAGAUCACUCAGCAGGAACUAGACACAGUUGUGAAAACUCAGCAUGAGAUUUUGAGACAAGUAAAUGAAAUGAAGAAUUCCAUGAGUGAAACUGUCAGACUAGUUGGUGGGAUACAGCACCCGGGCUCUGCAGGAAGCGUGUAUGAAACAACACAGCACUUCAUGGACAUCAAGGAGCACCUGCACAUAGUAAAGAGGGACAUAGAUAACUUAGUGCAGCGAAACAUGCCAUCCAAUGAAAAAUCAAAAUGCCCGGAAUUACCACCAUUUCCAUCAUGCUUGUCUACAAUCCACUUUGUUAUAUUUGUAGUGGUACAAACAGUGUUAUUCAUUGGUUAUAUCAUGUAUAGAACUCAACAAGAAGCAGCUGCCAAAAAAUUCUUUUGACCUCCAUUUUCAUAUGUGUCCAUCAUAGACGUCAUCACCACAGAAUUUACUCAUAUUCCAUGAAAAACAUUAAUACCUUCAGAAGAAUGUUUAAUUUUUAGACUAUGAAACUUGGAAAAUCCUCUUGAGAUAAAAGGCUGCCAAAUCCAGUAUUAUAAAGUCCAUGGUCACAUUUAGCUGAACGUUAAAGGAAUACCAGAUCUAUACAGUAUAUAUUUUUCAGGCUAAAAUUCAAGGGAAAUCAUUGUGAUUAUUCCUAAGACAAGUGGAGAUGGCUAUUAUGAAAGAUCAUGAGCAUGAAUCUUUUUCCUUUUUUUUUUGUAACUAAUGAAUUUAACUUGUUUGAAAAUCACUAAGUAAAAUAAUUUAUUCAGAAUGUUUAUCUUAUUUGAGGUGUGCUUGUUUUCCUCAAAAUCAUCAACUGAGUAGCUUGUUUCAGAACAAAAAAUAUUUGCUCUGUGGAAAAAUCAGUCACUGCCAGAAAAUUCUUUCAUUUCUGUACUGCUUUGUAUAAUUGCAUUUAGUCACUUCUCUCACACCAGCAAGUAUUUUACAGGUGCCUUGGAUUAAAACAAAAUUUAUUUAAAUUUUUAAUAUGUCAUUGUGUUUAUAAUGCCACUUUAAAAAAGAAAAUGCAAUUACAUAAUGGCUAAUGCUCUUAUUUAAUGUACCUAUUUGUAUUGUAAUUAUUUGAAUAUUUUAUCCAGCUUGAAACUUUACUGUGAUCUCACAAAGAAUAACUAAUGUUUUUUUUAUAUAUUAAAGACAUAUCAGUAUUUCUCAGAGUAUGAUCUGUGGACUGUCUGGGUCAUGGAAUGUUUGUUUAAAAUACAGAUUCUAGGGCCCCAUUCAGAGCCACUUGCAUUAAAAUUGGUGAGGCUUCAGAAUAUCAGUGUUCAACAGGCAGCUCCAAUGAUCAGAGCACACUAAUGGUUGAGAACCACCAAGGUGGGGGAAUCAAAAGGAAAAACAAGACAAACAAAUUUUGUUGGUGUAAAGCUGACUGAGAACAUACUAUAUUUUUAGUCAGUGAAAUUGGCAAAUGUGUACUGAUUCUUUUAUACUCACAAUUUAUUUAGUGUUCCUUUUACUAGAACUCUUGAUUCCUUUGCAGCUACUAACUAAAUCCAGGUUGUUGCUCAUAGCUCUUGGAACUUUUGUUAGCCUUUAAACCUAACAGAAUCAUCUUCACGUAGUCAGGCCAUGAGAACUCCCAUCCAUCAAGAAGCCUGCCUGCUAAUGCGUUUUGCUUUCCUGAUUGUGAUUUUGGUGAUAUUUAUCUCAGACAAGUGUACUUUUUGAUAACUUGGGGAAAACAGAAAUUACUUGAAUAAAGAAUUGCUGCUUUGCAAAGAUACAAUCUUUGUAAAGAACAUAGGUAACCAUUGUGAAUAUUAAGAUGUGAUUAUCUUUUCCUUUUCAUGUCUUUCCUGAAAGGAGAUAGUGAACAAAUUAUUACAUUGGGCAUUUUUAUUUAUAAGAUCUAGUAAUCUAGUGAAAAAUCAACU